GUCGCCACCAUGCCCACCUCUCCAGGAGGCAGCCGCAAGCAGCAGAACCUCGGAAUGAGCGUUGGCCUUCAGCCAAGGAGGUCUGUUAUUGGCUUUACCAACCCAGUAAAAGGAGCUCAAAUGAAAGCAUAUAGUAGUUCAAACCAAAGCAGAAUGGGUAUGUCAAAAAACAUGAUGAUUCUACCGGAAGUGAAAAUAUCAGAAAGAAUGAAUAUUCCCAUGACAAAGACAGUCACACAGGUGUUUGAUGUAAAUGGAGUUGAUGUUACUCCUCGGCCUCUUUACCGUCCAGAUCCACUUACUGGUACAGCAAAGCCAAAUAAACUAUUGACAUCACAGGAAGGAUCAUUUGCAUCAGAAUAUGUAACUUCCCACAGCCUUUAUCAAAAUACACUAAAUCCUAGUAUGUUAGGGCAGUUUACAAGAUCAGUUUUAGGAAGCAGUACAGUUUCUAAGUCAAGUCUAUCAACUAGUGAAUCAACAGCAGAAGAAAUAGAAGAACAACCCUAUAAACGGGAAGGACUGACAAGUUUUACAGAUUUACCAGUUAAGAAGAAAACAGAUGGAAAACCUGUAAUAGAAGACUUAAAGAAGACUGUAGAGAUACUACUCACAGAGACAGAAACAAUGACAUUUUUUAACCUACCAACAGUCAUGAUUUCUACAGAAGCUGAAGAAGCUGACAAAGUGCUCUAUAGAAACAAGAAUUAUGAGAACCUUUGUAGAAAUAGAAUAGGCAAUGACUUAUAUGUUGAAAGAAUGAUGCAGACUAUUAAUGGAGCACCGAAGAAUAAAGAUGUUCAAUGUGACAAAAUUAUAAAGGAAGAGAAAGGCAUAAUGUCUACUGCUUGGGAUUUGUAUGAUUCUUAUAAUGCUCUGGAAGUUUCCUCCUUACCAGUAACACAAUCUAUAAUUGAUUCAACCAGUAAAGCAAGUGUAAAACGAUCUGUAGUUGAUUCAAGCAGCAGAGCAAGUGUACCUCCUAAAGAUCAGGACCGAAAAGGGCUAGGAAGUACUACAGAAAAAAAUAGUGAAGCUAGUUCUAUAAUGGAAAUAGAAAAUGUAAUUCUGUCUAAAGUGCAUGAUGAUGAAGAAAACUACUCAGAUUCAAUAUUCAAAUCUGGAAAGUUUCAGCAGGACUUAUUUUUUAUGGAACGAGUUCUAAUGGAAAAUAUAUUUCAGCCCAAACUUGCAGCUUAUCGUCAGCUUCCUAUUUUAAAAGAACCAGAACCUGAAGAGCCUGAAGAACUUUCAGAGGGUGAAAAGCUUGAAGAGGCAGAAGAAGAGCCUAAGAAGGAAGAAGAAGAAGAAAUAGAGAUGGGCGCAGGGCAGUCAACCAUACCAGCCAACCUGGAGCGGCUGUGGUCGUUUUCCUGUGACUUAACCAAAGGGCUUAACGUGAGCAGCCUCACCUGGAAUAAAACAAAUCCAGACCUUUUGGCUGUUGGCUAUGGGCAUUUUGGAUUUAAAGAGCAAAAAAAAGGAUUGGCUUGCUGCUGGUCAAUAAAGAAUCCCAUGUGGCCAGAACGUAUUUAUCAGAGUCUACAUGGAGUUACUGCUGUGGACUUUUCGAUUGGAACACCCAAUCUUCUGGCAGUUGGCUAUCACAAUGGCACCAUUGCGGUGUAUAACGUACAGAGCAAUGUUAAUGUUCCAGUUCUGGAUAGCAGUGAAUCACCUCAAAAACAUCUGGGGCCUGUAUGGCAACUACAGUGGAUAGAGCAAGAUCGAGGGACAACAGGUGAUGACAAGAGAGAAAUAUUAGUUUCUAUAUCAGCAGAUGGAAGAAUCUCCAAAUGGGUUAUAAGGAAAGGACUGGACUGUCACGAUUUGAUGCGUUUGAAGCGAACUACUCCUACCGCCAGUAAAAAAGGAGGGGAAAAGGAAAAGAAAGGUGAAGCUUUGAUAUCUCGACAGGCUCCUGGAAUGUGUUUUGCUUUUCAUCCCAAGGACACAAAUAUCUAUUUAGCUGGCACUGAAGAAGGCCAUAUUCACAAAUGUUCUUGUUCAUACAAUGAACAAUACUUAGAUACCUACAGAGGACAUAAGGGUCCAGUAUAUAAGAUAGCAUGGAAUCCAUUCUGUCAUGAUGUAUUCUUAAGCUGUUCUGCAGACUGGGGUGUCAUUAUAUGGCAACAGGAGAAUCCCAAGCCAUUUUUGAGUUUUUAUCCAACUACUUCUGUCGUUUAUGAUGUUGCCUGGUCUCCAAAAUCAUCCUAUAUAUUUGCAGCUGCAAAUGAGAGCAGAGUGGAGAUUUGGGACCUUCACAUCAGCACUUUGGAUCCCCUAAUUGUGAAUGUUGCUAACCCUGGAAUCAAGUUCACAACUGUCGUCUUUGCUAAGCAAACAGACUGCCUUCUAGUGGGAGACAGUGAUGGGCAGGUUGCUGUGUAUGAACUGAGAAACAUGCCCGCCGCUUCGGAGUCUGGCCGGGUAAGACUCAAAAGUCAAAAUUUUAUGUGAUUACGUGAUUUUAUUUAAUUGCAAUUUUGUGUCAUGCAAGGGAUUUACAUUUUUUAUAUCUUAAGUAUGGUACGGUCAAGAGGCAGAAUAUUAUUCCACCUCCGGGAAUUCAGGUUUUUCUCUUACAGCCUUCAACAAAUCGGAUGAGUCCCACCCAUGUGCAGUAGGAUAAUCUGCUAUAUUCAGAUUCUCCUGAUUUAAAUGUUAAUCGUAUAUAUGACACCUAAUAGAAAAAUAUAAGUCCUAAGAGUUGCUACCUACUACUAGGCAUGAUUCCUAGACUUAUUUUCUUUGAGCCUCACGUUUUCUAUCUGUAAAAUGAGGAUAAUAAUGUCAUAUGUAAGAACUUAAAAUUGUGUCUAGUAUAUAUUUAGGGCUUAAUAAUUGUUAAAUGUUGCCAAAAAAUGUUUACUGAAAAUAUUCAAAGACUUUUACAAGAAAUAAUAUUUUUAGACAGUAUCCAGUGUUCCUAAAUUAGGCAUUUGUUUCUAUUGGUUUGGCAUUAUUCUAGUUCCUUUCUCUGAUCUUAAAAUACCAAAACUGUGUUGUAAAACAUUGGCAAGCAAAGCAGUAUCAAUAGAUGCCCAUUAUUUUUAAGGUAGCUUUUCAAGUUCUUCAUGUUUAAAUUUCUAUUUUAAGGACUAACCUCGCAAAUAUUACAGUAAAUACAAUAAACAUGUUAAAAAUAUUCACAAAUCAGUAAGAAAAGACACUAAGACUCAGUGAGAGUGGGUAAUGAUUAGAAGCUUCAUUCACAAAAAAUGACUAGUAACUUACACUUUAAAAUUCAACCUUGCUAAUAACUAAAGAAAUAAAAAUUUAUUACAUUAAAUUAAAAUGUGAUAGCAUUCUCCUAUAUUUAAAAAAAUUUUUUUUUACAUUUGAGUUGAUAAGAUAGGUCCUCUGGUAUACUGGUGGUUGGAAGAGAAAUUGGUAUGACUUCUUUGGAAGCAAUUUAGCAAUAUAAACCGAGACUGUCCACUUCUAGGACUCUGUCCUGUAGAAAUAUUCAUAAGGGCAAUCAAAGAAAUUAACCAUAGCAUUAUUUGUGAUUGUAUUAGAGAAAAGAAGAAGAAAAAGAAGGAACUAACUUGAGUAUCCAACCAGAGGGGAAUGUGGUCAGGGAAGUCAGAUGUGUGGACUAGAUUUGGGUCACGUGUAGGAGGUGGAGUUAGUUCUACCCCAACCGUAACCAUUUAUGUAGCUGUAAAUGUUAAAUAAAUAAUCAAAUUGGAAAGAAAUAAAAGUUAAUUUAAAUUAAAAUCACAACUUCAUUCGUUAGAAAAUUUAAUGUGACAAAUUCUCUCUAUAUAAUGAAUAAUUUAAAAUACAAAAUAUAUGUUCAAAUGCCUUAUACAAAAAUGGCAACAUUACCGGUUUGAUUUGCUACAUUAUUUCCAUAUACAAUUCUUAUUCUCCUGAGGGUAAAAACUUGUUUUCCCGAUAAAGAAACACAUGAAACAUUCUAAGCAGUUUUGGAGAUUCUUUUCUCAACUGGCUGAGAUGCAUAUUGUCUGUGGACCUUAAGGGGACUUUCCUAUCUUGGCUGCCGGGCCGCGCCCUGUUCUACUGUUGACUUGUCAGUGUCCUCCAUAUGGAGUGGUCUCGAAGCUCUUGUCUCCUAGUCUAGUUACAUAUUACUUACAUUCUCCAUCUUCUCAUGGAGGUCUGCAAUCCUGUACAUAUUGCUGUAUCACUUGACUGAUUUCUAUUCAUUUAUUUACUGGGUAAUUAAUUCUAAGUUAAUACAGUUUUCCUAUCUGGUAGGACUACUAUCUUUAUAGAUGUUUAAAUGCUAUCUGUUUGGAUUCUACAUAUCUCCCAGGGCUUUGUUUAAUUUGUGGAUAGUUUGACAGACAUACUUAUGAGAAAAGAAUGUUUAUAAGAGCCUUGCUUCUGUGUUGAUAAAUUGGAAACAACCUACAUGAUCAUCAGUGGAAAACUAGAUAAAUAAAAUAUAGCACAUUCACAUGAGUGACUACAAUACAAAAGUUUAAAUGAUAUAUAUUUCAGUGUGUCAAUAUGACAAAUUUUGAAUAAAUCUUAAAAAACACAGUGUUGAGUGAUAAAAGCAAAUUUCAUGAAUGUACAAUAUGUUAUGAUUUAUGUAAUAUUAUUUAAACACAAAAGUUAAAACUGUGUUUCUUAGUAGACAUAUUUAUAGUUAGUAAAUGUAUGGACUAGAAUGUGGAAGACAAUGUUUCAUUUUUGUGUUUGGACUUAAAUCAGUUAGAGGCAUCUUUUAUUGUGAGCAGUAUGCCAUGCAAGCAGAAAGAAGGCUACAUUCCAAGAGUCUGCACUUUUUGACAAAUGUGUGCAUGUGUGUGUGUUAAUGAUUUCAAUGCUGAUGAGCAAAAUUUUCUUUUAACAAAUAUAUUCCAGGCAUUAGUAAAUAACUAUAGUUUCCUACUACAAGUAAGUUUUUUAUGCUUUGGUCAUAGUAUUUUAAAGGUUAAGGAUUGUAUUUCUGGGAGAUUAACCAAUAAUCAGUUUUUAUGUUACUUAUAGCCAAACACAAGCUUACCUGAUAUACCUCUUUCCUAGCUUUUCAGAGAAUUAUAAUCAUAACAGUAAUAUGAAGUCUCAAAUUAACAUCAAACCAUUAUUUUCUAUCAAGAUAUCUUAUCAAGUAACAUUAUGACCUAUCAUUUCCCCAUUAAUUUUGACCAAGAGUGAAUCAAAAUUUUGGAAGGCUUAUGAUUUCAUUCUAUAGGAAGAAUGUGUCCCAAAUUGAUGGUAAAGGCUGUCUCUGGGAGGUGAAUGCUGAGGGAACAGGAUUGGGGAGGGUUGCAAAGGGAACUUUAAAUUUAUCAAUAAGGUUUUAUUUCUUUUAUUAAAAAGUAUCCAAGGCAAAGAGACAUUUGUUGACUUGGAGUGGAUGUGUGUUUUCCAAAGGCAAAGUACAGAUAGCACAUGCAGCUAGUGUGCUGCCACAGGGCUAACCGGGGAAACCACAGAGAAAGGACCAGCAGCGGGCUUAGGGUCAGAACUCCCCUGCAUCUCCGCAUUGCCCCGCAGCCUUGCAGCCUUACACAGCAGCAGGAGAAGGACCCUUGGGCUGUGGAGGUUUUGAGGGACGAGAUUUCUAAAGCUCUGGCUGCUCCCUGAUGUGAUCAAAACCCAGAAUAUUAUUGUGCUGUGACGUGGUGGAACAUUGGCUGCAGCCCUGGCCUACCCAGUCAGGGCUCAUGGUUAGGCGCAACAUCAUUCUGAUGCCUGGCGUGAACGGGCCUGGGGUCCGAGCCUUGCAAUUAGAGCAAAUGACGUAGCCAGCUGUCAACAGGAUCUACCACCACAUUAGCAUUUAUUGUUUGUCCAAACACCAACUGGCUCAGGUUGCUGGGGGCUCAAGUCUUGCAUUGUAUAGAAUUAUGGUUUAAGCACUUGGUAGACGCCAAUUUUCAUGGGGCAUUGCACAAAGAAACUCCUUUUCUGGAGGCAGCCUGUAGAGAAUGACUCCUGGGUGUUAUUACGUCUACUCUUACGUUUCCAUGCACAAAUGUUUGUCAUGUCAUUCUGUAUACUUUGGGCAUUUACCUUUUUCUUCCCCCAAAUUAAAGAAAAAGUAAAAGUAAAAUCUUCAAAAUGGGGUUUUAGAAACAUAACACACACACACACAAUAAAUAAAUGCUGAGAGACAUGGAAGGCAGAAAAAACAGACCACUCUUUCAGCAAAUAUUUACUGAGUAUGCACUAUGGUGAGGUCUAUUUUGGGCACUAAGAAUAUAACAGUGAACACAUUACAGUAGUGAUCUAUUACAUCUGCCCAAGUGAGAAGGAACUAGAAUGAGGUGGGUUUGAGAAGCAAUGUGGCAGCUGAUUUGGGGUGUCAGGGCGUGAAGCAUGGAGAAAGGCCAAGGAGAACGAUAGUCCAGGCAGAAAGACAGGACCUGGGUCGCACAGCGCUAGCUACUGUGUUUAUUGUAACUUCAGAGUUUAUAACACACUUUCACAUACAUUAGCUCAUUGAACCUUAUAACAGUUUUUAGAAGUAGAUGUUAAAUAUUUCCCUUAUACACUAAAGGAAACUAAGAUUUCUAGAUGUAAGUGAUUUUCUCAAGACCACCUUGACUGCGUGAUUGAAAAAUCUCCAGCCUUCUGCUUCCAAUUCCCAUCUUUUCACUGUAUCGUUCUUAAAAACUCCUCGCCCCUCUUUGGUUUCAUCCGCUUACAUAUGAUCAUUUUGACCCUUUAGUACGAAGAUUGUUAUUAUUAAAUAAAAUACAAAAUCCACAUAGAAAUUCAGACAUUUUAUUCUCUCUAAAUCAAGUAUUACAGAUCAUGAAAAAGCCUAAGAUAUCAUUAAGAUUAAAAGUUAUUUUACAGAUGGGAAAACUCAGGUCUAUGCAUUAAGCUAAACAGGAGCUGCCAAAAUUGUCCCUUUACUAAUCCUUAUAAAUCUGUUUAUCAAACUGCAGUAAAAGCCUUUCAUAGGAAAGAGCAAGUUUAUACAAGGAAGUGACUGUUACUGUUUAAACUUACCUUGGUUUGUUUCCCUUUUACAAUCUUAUCAGAUGUCCUUUAUAUGUGUAUCACUAACUUAUAAAUUUUAAAUGACAUUUUAAAGACUACUUUACCUCCUAAUUUGUAUUUUGAUUGUAAUUAUGUGACUUUUUUUUUUUUUUCAGAGAGAUAUGAUAGAUAAUUUGCUUGGACCCAGGUCAAACCAACCAGGAUAAUUCAUCAUUACUGAUAUCUUUUCAUGUUAUUGUUUAAAAUAAAAGAAAGAAAGAAAGAGCGUUUAAUAUCCAAUAGUCUGAUUCAGAUGCAGUAAGCUGGGAUUUUUAUUUUUAAAAAUAAUAUUUAACAUAUAACUUCUGUUUAAGUAUAAUAUAAAUUUAAUCAACUUUUAUUCCAGAGUUAUGUGAUUAGUUUUUUAUCUAAGCUAAUUGUAAGGGUAUUGUUGAGAUUUUCUUAAAUUUUGAAAGAUACUCCUACUCUGUUUCUUAAUCAUAUUCCAAGUAGACAUACAUACUUAGAAAAUGUCUAAAUAUGUUAGAAAAUUAUUUCUUUAGAAGAAAAGCAUGGAAGGUAUUAGAAUUACUUAAACAAAAAUAUUAAUUAAGACCAAGUUCUAUACACUUUUAAAUCUACUUCUACUUUUUAAAUACACUUCUACUUUCCAAGCUCUGUUUUUCAAGGUUUAUGAAUUAUGCAGGUGUUAGUAUUAAGAAGAGUAUUGGAUCCUCAUGCUCAACUUUAAAUCAAUAUUAAUCUUCUUGGAUCUGAGAGCUGAAGCUAUAGAGCUUUAUUAGACUAUUCAACAAGCAAAAGAUAUGACAGCAAAUGUGAGAAUUGAACUGUUUGCCCCCUGGGCAUCACACUCCCGGUUCAGUGAGGAGAGUCUGGGACACAUCAGGGCUCCCUCCUCUUGCACACCCAGAAUCUGCCCAGACUUAAUGGGCCCACAGAGAAAACAAAGUCCCUGAUCUAGAGUUUGCAUCAGGAUGUUACUUUAUAAUGGGUUCUAGGGCAAGCUUGUGGAAAUAGAAGGAGUGGGAGGCAGCAACUCCUCCAAAUAUAGAUAGCUAACAGUCUGUUCCGUGCUGUUUAACAAGUCCUCGAUCUUGUUAACUGAGGCUGAAGGACAGUAUGGCCUAUAAAGCAUGUUCCGUGAGGAGGGCAAGAUAAGGCAUUUAAAACUCACUAAGCUCUCUGAAAAAAGACAGAUACAGAAAACCGAGAAUGCAAUCAGUGCAACAGUGGGAACUACCUUUCACAAGUGUCAAUUUCUUCAAAAUCUCCAUUUCUUUGGAGCAACCCUUUCUGGCCCUAUUAGUCCUUGUGAUACUUCCUCUUGUCUUUCUUGAAAGGCUGGUCUUCCUAAAACACUUUGUGCAACAAAAUAAAACUUUAUUUCAUUGAAAAAAAAAAAA